UUGAUACCCUUUGCUUAUUCGUGCGAUUCUAUUCUGGUUGUCUGUUGGAGCAUCUUACAUCGUGCUUUCUGACGACAGCGCCUCACGGGACCGAUCCAUACCGAAAGACCUGGGAUUACCCACCGUUUUAUUUUCAGAAGAGGCUUUCUUUGCCCAGCACUUUGGCAUCAGCGGCUUGAAGUAUAUUACUUUGGGCUUCCACGAUACCUGGUAUUCAUCACAUCACUACCAACUCUACCAUACCGCACUCCAAUCCUCGACAAUGCUCUUCACAAACGCCCUCUCUCUCGUCCUGGCCCUUGCGCCUGCCACCCUCUUGGCCGCUCCCACAAAGACCAUCGACUCGAUAGUCCACAUCAUCCCAAGAAAUGGCAUCUCACCUCGCAUGGUAGACCAGAUGGACAAGGCUAGCUCAACAUGUGACCUCUCCAACGCAGCUCUCCCCUCUGAAGCAUCCGGCCUCCCAGCUGUCGGCGCUGGCCUGAAGCUGUCACACAUCGCCAUCGGCCGCGGCGUGCAGAACUACACAUGCGCCACCGCCGCCGCAAGCGAGACACCCAAAGCCGUGGGCGCCGUUGCCUCUCUUUUCAACGCAACCUGCGACGGCGUACGCGCCCCCGCAGUCCUCGCCUCAGUGACCAAGAUCGCGCUCGACUACGCCAUCCCCACCAGCAAGCUCGCCGAUGCCCGCCUCUCGGGCCACCACGAGUUCACCGAGAAAGGCAUCCCGUUCUUCAAGCUGCAGACCGACAAGGUCGACUUCGGCUCUGUCCACGUCAACGCUACGGCGAAGGCGCCCGCGCCCAAGGAUGCGAGUCUCGGACCCAACGGUCUGGGGAGCGUGGCCUGGCUCAAGCUGGUGCACCUCGACGGCGACUACAAGGAGGUGUACCGGGUGAACACGGCGGGGGGUGUUGCGCCCAAGACGUGCGAGGGCGUGCAGGGCGGGUUCAGCGUCGAUUACGCGGCCGAGUACUGGUUCUACGCGUAAGCGGCGGGACGCGUGUGGGUGUGUUCUGUACAAAGCAUUGCUGGCGUUCAUGGGUGUUUUAGGAUUCCGAAAUUUGUAAUUGGGGAGUGUCUGGUGUAGAUGUCGCGCUAUACCCAUACCGUAAUGGUAGUCGGAUCCAAUAUAAGAUGUUUCAAAACUAGCUUGCGUCU